GUAAAUGCUUAAUUUUGAGUUAGGGCGCCAUCUGUAAGCUGGUAGUUGCACUAAAAUUCUAGAACUACAUUCCAAACAGUGUCCACAUGUGUGACAUGCUACAAUAAGAUUUUGACAGUUGACAUGCACAUCGACGUGUCAAAAAAGUAAAAGUUAUAAUAAACUCAUUUAGCCUGUAUUGUGUUUUAAAAUAAAUAAAUAUUUAUAAAUAUUUGUAAAACUGAAAAGUUGCUAGUGCGCACGGGCUAGAACGGCAGAGAAAUGGUUUUGGCAGAUUUAGGCCGGAAAAUUACCUCGGCGAUCCAGUCGUUGAGUAAAGCCACAGUAAUUAAUGAGGAAGCUCUGAAUUCAAUGCUGAAAGAAAUAUGCGCAGCUUUGCUGGAGGCUGAUGUGAAUAUACGUUUGGUUAAGCAAUUGCGCGAGAAUGUAAGGGCUGUCAUUGAUUUCGACGAAAUGGCUGGCGGCUUAAAUAAGCGUCGUAUGAUACAGUCUGCUGUCUUCAAGGAAUUGAUAAAAUUGGUAGAUCCUGGUGUGAAGCCAUAUCAGCCAGUAAAGGGUCGGCCCAAUGUUAUUAUGUUCGUCGGUCUACAGGGUUCCGGUAAAACUACAACAUGUACUAAGCUAGCCUAUCACUACCAAAAGCGAAAUUGGAAAUCUUGCCUUGUAUGCGCUGAUACCUUCCGUGCAGGUGCAUAUGAUCAGAUCAAACAGAAUGCAACAAAAGCCCGUAUACCGUUUUAUGGUAGCUAUACCGAAAUAGAUCCUGUUAUGAUUGCACAAGAAGGUGUGGAUAUGUUUAAACGCGAAGGAUUCGAAAUCAUUAUAGUGGACACAUCCGGGCGCCACAAACAAGAAGAAUCUUUAUUCGAAGAAAUGUUGGCCGUCUCUCGAGUAGUUUCGCCCGACAAUAUCAUAUUCGUAAUGGAUGCUACCAUUGGUCAGGCUUGUGAGUCCCAAGCUAAAGCGUUCAAGGAAAAAGUGAAUAUUGGUUCAGUUAUCAUUACUAAGCUUGACGGUCACGCAAAAGGUGGUGGCGCACUAUCUGCAGUUGCAUCAACUAACUCUCCAAUUAUUUUUAUCGGUACCGGAGAACAUAUUGACGAUUUGGAGCCAUUUAAAACGAAACCUUUUAUAAGCAAACUUCUUGGUAUGGGUGAUAUCGAAGGCCUGAUUGAUAAGGUGAAUGAACUGAAUCUGGAUGGCAACGAUGAAUUACUCGAAAAAAUAAAACACGGCCAAUUUACCAUACGCGAUAUGUACGAACAAUUUCAAAAUAUUAUGAAAAUGGGUCCAUUCUCCCAAAUAAUGGGCAUGAUUCCGGGCUUUUCUCAAGACUUUAUGACUAAAGGUGGUGAACAGGAGUCAAUGGCAAGAAUAAAACGUAUGAUGACCAUGAUGGAUAGUAUGUCCGAUGGUGAACUCGAUAAUCGUGAUGGUGUUAAGUUAUUUACAAAACAACCCACGCGUUACGUACGCGUGGCUCAAGGUGCUGGUGUACUCGAAAAAGAAGUACGCGAUCUAAUUUCACACUAUACGAAAUUCGCCGCCGUGGUGAAAAAAAUGGGUGGCGUUAAGGGCCUUUUCAAACAAGGAGACAUGACAAAGAAUGUCAAUCCCAGUCAAAUGGCAAAAUUGAAUCAACAAAUGGCAAAAAUGAUUGACCCGCGAAUGCUGCAUCAAAUGGGCGGAGUUGGAGGUCUGCAGAAUAUGAUGCGACAAUUACAACAAGGUGCUGCUGGUGGUCUCGGUGGCUUAGGAAAUCUAAUGGGUGGCUUUGGUGGCAAAUGAAAUACGCCAGUAAUAAGAUAUUGUUUAGACUCUAGUAAAAAUAUUUGUUAAGAAAUCGUGUUGUCACGCAAAGAAAGAGCCGUGGAUGUAGUGCCCAUUUGCAUUAAGCACAGCUGCUUUUCUCGUUGCGCCAAUAAAGAGUUUUUCCAUUGUUUUCUUAUUUAACACUUUUUGAUUGUAUAUUAUGUAAAUUUUAUGUUAAUUAAAUUGGAUCAAAUGAAAAAUACCACGUACAUAGAUAUACAUAAAAACAAUGCGGCGUAAAAUUAAGUAUAUUUACGGCGUAAUUUUGUAUUAAAGCACAUUAAAUAAUUAAAUAAAACGUCGCGAAAUAAUUGACUUUUAACAGCAAAGGGUGAAAUUGAAACAAGUUUAAUAUUAUAGAAUAAGAUUCUGUUCUGUGUAAUUUAGUCCUUAUAGACGAAGAAGUAAUUCUUUUAUCAAAUACCAAUAUAGGCUAAGUUAUAAUACAUAUUUUUUGAAUCGAAAAGGUUGCAUGAAUAAUAAAAAAAAUUUCAAGUAAA